AUGUCCCACCGAGAUUUAACAUCCAAUUCUCCAAGAACGCAGUUAUAUGCGCCUACAGAAAGUCAGAAUCCAUUCGAAGAAGAAUCAAGUUCAUACGAUUCGCAACAACCUUCUACAACUUCUUCAUCUUCCGGACGAGAUGAAGAUCCAUUGACCAAUCAAUAUGGUCGUCCAUUCAAUGCUUAUUCAAGAAAUGAUAGUUUUGUUCAUUCAGGUAUGAUAAAUUCUGCAACGGUUUCAAGUAAUUUAUCUUCUUAUUCUCAGAAAAUAUCCCCAUCUCAAAUCCAAGUUCCAAGUGAAUUUAAUCGAUAUCCUUCUUUUAAUAAUGGUUCAAGAGUGGUAUCCCUGUCUUCAAUAUCAAAUUUAAAUCCUUUAAGUGAAAGAUAUGAAGCAGUAAAUGAAAGUAGUGGUACUGAUUCUCCUUCAUCCUUUGUAUCUAAUCCUUUUGCUUAUGAAUUCAGUCCAUUUGGAGGAUAUCCAGCUUCAUCAUUUCCUUUACAUAUAGAUGAUAAAGAACCAGAUGAUUAUUUACAUAAUCCUGAUCCAAUAGAAGAUGCAGAUUAUGAUAAAAAUAGAUUUGUAUAUGAUAUAAAACAUCUUGAUAAAAGAUCCACUGGUGGAUUAUUAGGUUUGGUUGUUUUAGUUGUAUGUUGUCUUUGUUUAUUUAUCUUAUUACCAGUUCUUACAUUUUCUGGAGUUACAGAUGUUUAUAAACCUCUUACUUAUGAACUAUUAACUAAUUAUGAAUACCCCUUGUUAUCAGCAAUACGAACGAGUUUAAUAGAUCCAGAUACCCCACAAAGUGCCCUAACAGUUCAAGUAAGAGAUGGUUCAACAUGGAAACUUGUUUUCAGUGAUGAAUUUAACGUUGAAGGAAGAACAUUUUAUUCUGGUGAUGAUCAAUUCUUUACUGCUCCUGAUUUAAAUUAUGCAGCUACAAAGGAUUUAGAAUGGUAUAGUCCUGAUGCAGUAACUACUUCUCAAGGAACUUUAAAUUUAAGAAUGGAUGCCUUUCAAAAUCAUAAUUUAUUUUAUAGAUCAGGAAUGAUUCAAAGUUGGAAUCAAUUUUGUUUUACUCAAGGUAAAAUAGAAUUUUCAGCUAGAUUACCUCAUUAUGGGAAUGUAUCUGGUUUAUGGCCUGGUUUAUGGACUAUGGGUAAUUUAGGUAGACCUGGAUAUUUAGCUACAACUGAAGGUGUAUGGCCAUAUUCUUAUGAUUCUUGUGAUGCAGGUAUAACUGCUAAUCAAUCUUCACCCGAUGGAAUUUCUUAUUUACCAGGUCAAAGAUUAAAUAGUUGUACAUGUUCAGGACAAUCACAUCCAAAUCCAGGAGUUGGAAGAGGAGCUCCUGAAAUUGAUGCUAUUGAAGCAGAAGUUUCAACUGAUGCAUCAGGAAUUAAACCAAACUUAGGAGUUGCAUCUCAAUCAUUACAAUUAGCACCUAUGGAUAUCUGGUAUAUCCCUGAUUAUGAUUAUGUGGAAAUUUAUAAUAGUUCUGUAACAACAAUGAAUACUUAUGCUGGUGGACCCUUUCAACAAGCAUUUUCAGGAACUACUACUUUAAAUGUAACUUGGUAUGAAAGAGGAUCUGGAGAACAUAAUUAUCAAGUUUAUGGAUUUGAAUAUCUUAAUGAUGAUCAAGAUGGUUAUAUUACUUGGUAUAUUGGAAGUGAUCCAACAUUUUCUGUAUUUGCACCUUCAUUACAUCCAAGUGGGAAUAUUGGUUGGAGAAGAAUUUCCAAAGAACCAAUGUCUAUUGUAAUGAAUUUUGGUAUGUCUAAUAGUUGGGCUUAUAUUGAUUGGCCAUCACUUAUAUUCCCAGCAAUAUUUAGUAUUGAUUAUGUAAGAGUAUAUCAACCAGAAGAUCAAAUUAAUGUUGGAUGUGAUCCAGAAGAUUUCCCAACUUAUGAUUAUAUUAUGCAACAUUUAAAUAUUUAUUCCGAUAAUAAUUUAACUUCAUUUGAAGAUGGUGGUUAUAGUUUCCCUACAAAUAGUUUACUUGGAUGUUAA